AUGGAAGUCGAAAAAGUUAAUAUAUGGUUAGAUUGUGAUGUAGGGAAUGAUGAUGCAAUGGCAAUCAUUAUGGCCUUGUUUCAUCCAAAGUCAAAUUUAAUGGGAAUCUCAACCUGUUUUGGAAAUACCUGUCUUGAAAACUGUACAAUCAAUACAAUCAGGAUCUUGAGUUCUGUGGGCAGAUCUGAUGUACCAGUAUACAAAGGUGCAGAAUGUUCAUUAAAAUCUGUAAGGGCUACUACAAAAAUGCAUGGAAAUUAAGGUUUAUAUGCAGCAGACAAGUUAAUCCAAAGUUUUGAACCGCUUUAAAAUAUCGCAUUGUAUGAUCUAAUUAAAAAGAGAGCUGGGGAAUAAAAGUUCGUAAUAGUCAUAACAGGCCCGUAAACAAAUAUAGCAAUUUUAUUGAGAGAUCACCCAGAGAUCAUCCCUUAAAUUUAAGAGAUCGUUUUUAUGGGUGGAGCUUCAGGUUUUGGAAAUGCAACGCCAAAUUCAGAAUACAAUAUUUAUUCAGAUCCAGAGGCAGCAUAAUUCGUGAUUGACACUUGCAAGUAACAUCAAUUGAAAUUAGUGAUGAUUGCCUUGGAUCUAACAUAUACAUGCUAAUUGGUUGAGUCAUUGUAAUAGAGAAUCAAGGCAAUCAAUUCGAAGUUUUCAGAUUGGUGCUUGGAAAUGCUGUAGGAAUUCUAAGCAGCUUACAAGGCCCAAGAAUUCGAUUACCCUCCUAUUCAUGAUCCCGUUGCUGUAUUUUAUGCUCUUCAUCCUGAGCUUUAUAUCACCAAACAGUUAUUUGUAGCUGUGGAUUGCGAAUCUAAAUUAUGUUACGGGAGAACUGUCGUUGACAAACAUGGGGUUCUUGGAUUAGAACCAACACUUGAAUUUGGUAGGAAAGUGGUGGUGGAAGAAUUCUGGAACUAAAUGAUUGAGGCCAUAAGAUUAGCAGCGAAAAAUUCUAAGUUAGAAUGA